GGCAACUCGCAUGUUGUUUAAUUCCUUCAAAAUUUACAGAUUUCUUGGUAAGGCAGUGGCAGUUUAUACCACGAUUGAUUACAAGAUGUAUCUUUUACAGCUAAUUUAAAAAGAAGCUGGGUUUAUAUACCUAAUAAAGAGGUUUUUAUACAAAGUGGUUGAAACAAAACGAAGCAAGAACGUAACGAUGAGCAACAAAAGGGACAAGAGCCAUCCGCGCCUCCUGCCUCAGGUGUUGAGAGCAGUCGCGGAACUGAAAGAUAUAAACGGAUCUACGGCGAAAAAGAUCGUAUCUCGCGUUAACGAAUUGAUAAAACGUUGCAGAACGUCGGGUCCUAAGCCUAGAAACGUGACCAUGCAAGUUCGCAAAGCUCUGCACCACGGAAUAGAAAAUGGGCUUCUAAAGUAUAGAGGAGGUCGGUACAAGCUCGUAUUUGGAGGAAAAUCAAGGAAUACAAGAACGAUGGCUACAAGACGAACUGCUGCUGCUCCUGCUCCUCGUCGACGUCAGGCAAAUGCUUCGAAAGGUAGAACUCGGAAGAGAACUACCCGACCCAAAGCGGUCCAGAGGAAAAAGCGGAAACGCAGUAGCUCAAGUUCGAAAAGUUCAAGCAGUGAAGAUAAUACAACUAGCGGAGACGGUAACGAAACCACCGAUUCUGCUAGCAGCAUGACCGUCAGUGGAUCGUCUGCAUCUUCGAGUAUGAACACCAGUGACGCUAGAGAUUCGACUUCACAAUCAGUCGAAAGCUUUACGGUAGAAUCAAAGAAAGAUGAUAAAAACAAUAAGUCAUCCGGUAGGUGCAAAACUAAGAAAAACACGGUGGGAAUGCCAACUUCACUUUGGUGUCUAAUAAAGGAAAGAUGCGGACUGUCUACUCAACGUGGUGUGCGAACAAAAGAAACCACCACCAACAAAAAAACAGCCAAAAAACCUCUUCGUCGUAAUAAACAUAAGAAACAUAAAGCUCGUCCUCAACAGCAAACAUUGGAGAAUUCGCACAACAGCAACACCAAUGCCGCCGCAGCGGAGGUUCCAGAAGAGAGAAUAGCCCGCUGUGACAAUCCUAAUUGCCUUUGCAAUGUGGAUGUAUUUACUGAUGAUACCGUUUACGAUAGUACUAAACAUUCGCACGAUGUGCAGAACAUCUCGUAUAUUAAUUGACCCUCUAAACGACCACCGUCAUCGGUUGGUUGUUUAUACAUAUGUAAAUUUUUGCCUGUGGAGCGUGCCCGUCUUGAGAGUCGUUUUAUGUCAAUGUUUUCUAUUAUUUACCGAAUGGCUUUUACUCUUUUUACAAAUUAAAUUAUAUUAAAACAUU